AUGGCACUCAGCCUCUCUGCCACGUCCAUUCCCAACAACUGGCUCCCAGGCUACCCUGAGGUGGCCAUGAGCGGCAGGGCCCGCAAAGAGGCGGUGCAGGCCGCGGCCCGGGAACUGCUCAAGUUCGUCAACCGGAGCCCCUCUCCUUUUCACGCGGUGGCAGAGUGCCGCAGCCGCCUCCUCCAGGCCGGCUUCCGUGAACUCAAGGAGACUGAGAGCUGGGAUAUCAAGCCGGAGAGCAAGUACUUCCUGACCAGGAACUCCUCCACCAUCAUCGCAUUUGCUGUGGGGGGCGAGUACGUUCCCGGCAAUGGUUUCAGCCUCAUUGGGGCCCACACGGACAGCCCCUGCCUCCGGGUGAAGCGGCGGUCUCGCCGCAGCCAAGUGGGCUUCCAGCAGGUUGGUGUGGAGACCUAUGGUGGUGGCAUCUGGAGCACCUGGUUUGACCGUGACCUGACCUUGGCUGGACGUGUCAUAGUCAAGUGCCCUACUUCAGGCCAGCUGGAGCAGCGGCUGGUGCACGUGGACAGGCCCAUUCUUCGCAUUCCGCACCUGGCCAUCCAUCUGCAGAGAAAUGUCAAUGAGAACUUUGGGCCCAACAUGGAGAUGCACUUGGUCCCCAUUCUUGCCACAUCCAUCCAGGAGGAGCUGGAGAAGGGGACUCCGGAGCCAGGCCCCCUCAAUGCUGCAGAUGAGCGGCACCACUCGGUCCUCAUGUCCCUUCUCUGUGCCCAUCUGGGGCUGAGCCCCGAGGACAUCUUGGAGAUGGAACUGUGUCUCGCCGACACUCAACCUGCGGUCCUGGGUGGUGCCUACGAGGAGUUCAUCUUUGCCCCUCGGCUGGACAACCUGCACAGCUGCUUCUGUGCCCUGCAGGCCUUGAUUGAUUCCUGCUCAGCCCCUGCCUCCCUGGCCGCGGAUCCCCACGUGCGCAUGAUCGCCCUCUACGACAAUGAAGAGGUGGGGUCGGAGAGCGCGCAGGGCGCACAGUCACUGCUGACGGAGCUGGUGCUGCGGCGGAUCUCGGCUUCGUCCCAGCAUCUGACGGCCUUUGAGGAAGCCAUCCCCAAAUCCUACAUGAUCAGUGCAGACAUGGCCCAUGCCGUGCACCCCAACUACCUGGACAAGCAUGAGGAGAACCACAGGCCCUUAUUCCACAAGGGCCCUGUGAUCAAGGUGAACAGCAAGCAACGCUACGCCUCGAAUGCAGUUUCAGAGGCCCUGAUCCGAGAGGUGGCCAGCAGUGUCGGGGUGCCCCUCCAGGAUCUCAUGGUCCGGAAUGACUCACCUUGUGGCACCACCAUUGGACCUAUCUUGGCUUCUCGGCUAGGUCUGCGGGUGCUGGAUUUGGGCAGCCCCCAGCUGGCCAUGCACUCCAUCCGGGAGACAGCCUGCACCACAGGAGUACUCCAGACCCUCACUCUCUUUAAGGGCUUCUUUGAGCUGUUCCCUUCUCUGAGCCGUAACCUCCUGGUAGACUGA